AUGAAGUACUUGGCCCAGCUGCUGGUGGCGCUCCUGGCCUUCUGGGCGGUGGUGCUGAUGAUGGCACCGGCGGGCGCGGAGGCCGCGACGUGCGACGCGCUGCAGCUGAGCCCGUGCGCGGGCGCGAUCGUCGGGAACGCGGCGCCGACGGCGGUGUGCUGCAGCAGGAUGAAGGCGCAGAGGCCGUGCAUGUGCCAGUACGCGCGCGACCCCAACCUGAAGCAGUACGUCAACACCCCCAACGGCAAGAAGGUCCUGGCCGCCUGCAAGGUGCCCGUGCCAUCCUGCUAG